AAAGCUGUCGGUGCGGAGCGCUAUUACUGGAUCAGAGAAGGCAGAUUCGACGUUUUGUAGUAGCUGCCAGAAUGCCAAGGAUAAAGACUACAAAAAUACGGAGAAUAAAGAGAAAAGUGCUAUCUCAGAGGCUUGCUGCAAAAAGAAAGAAAACAUAUUUGCAGCCCCCUACAGACUUUGAAGACGUUGCUGUGUAUUUCUCAAAGGAAGAAUGGCGAUAUCUAGCAGCAGACCAAAUGGACCUUUAUCGACAAGUAAUGAUGGAUAAUUACCAAACAAUCUACUCUCUGGGAUACCAGAAUGAAAAACCAACUUUAAUAUCAAAAAUUGAACAAGAUGAAGAGCUGUAUAUGAUAGAAUUGGAGAAACAUUCUCAGGAUGCCCCCAGAUUCAUCACAGAAGAGCUACAUACAUCUCUGUUAAGACCUGAAGAAUUUACAUUGAAAGACGUGCAUUUAACAAGUGACGUAGAAAAUAGUACAAAAUCUUCCUCUAAUGAAAAUGGGAGUCUACCCCCCAGACAGUACAACUUUCGAGACAGAGGUGCAGUGGAGUACACCAUGUUUUACGAUGAUAAAAUAAGUAAGCUUAAACCUCGCAAGAGCUUGCAGAGGAAGUCAAGCUAUGGCAAAUCUGUUGAUGUCCCCAGAUUCAACACAGAAGAGCUACAUACAUCUCUGUUAACACCUGUAGAAUUGACAGUGCAAGAAGUAUACUUAACAGGUGACCUAGAAAACAAUACACAAACAUCCUCUAAUGCAAAGGGAAGUCUGCCCUCUAAACGUCAGUACAACUUCCGAGACAGAGGUGCAGUGGAGUACACCAUGUUCUAUGAUGAUAAUGAAGAUGAUGUAAGUAAAGCUAAAUUUCACAAAAGCUGGCAGAGGAAAUCAAGCUAUGGUAAAAUUGUAGAUACCCCCAAAUUCAACACGGAAAAGCUACACACAUCUUUGUUAACAUCUGAAAAAUUGAUGGUGGAAGAAAUACACUUUACUGAUGACCUACAAAACAAUACAAAAACAUCCUCUAAUGCAAAGGGAAGUCUGCCCUCUAAACGUCAGUACAACUUCCGAGACAGAGGUGCAGUGGAGUACACCAUGUUCUAUGAUGAUAAUGAAGAUGAUGUAAGUAAACCUAAAUCUCACAAAAGCUGGCAGAGGAAAUCAAGCUAUGGUAAAAUUGUAGAUACCCCCAGAUUCAACACGGAAAAGCUACACACAUCUUUGUUAACAUCUGAAAAAUUGAUGGUGGAAGAAAUACACUUUACUGAUGACCUACAAAACAAUACAAAAACAUCCUCUAAUGCAAAGGGAAGUCUGCCCUCUAAACGUGAGUACAAUUUCCGAGACAGAGGUGCAGUGGAGUACACAAUGUUUUAUGAUAAUGAAGUGAGAGAACUUAAACCCCAUAAGAGCUUGCAAAAAAAGUCAAACUAUGGCAAUAUCCAACCAAAGUGUGGCAGAUAUACUUGUAGUGAAUGUGGGAAAAGCUAUAGUCAAAAACCAGGGCUAAUGAAACAUCAGAAGAUCCAUACUGGCAUUUCUAUCUAUGUUUGUUCAAAAUGUGAUAAGUGUUUCACUCAACGUGCUAACCUCAAGAGACAUGAGAGAUGUCAUUCUGUAGAGAGACCCUUUGUCUGUUCUUACUGUGGAAAAGGCUUUACUGAAUCUUCAUCAUUACUCAAACAUCAGAGAAUUCACACUGGAUUUAAGCCAUUUGCAUGUUCGGAAUGUGGCAAGACCUUCAGCAUAAGUACCUACCUUAUUGUCCACCAGAGAACUCACACAGGAGAGAAGCCAUAUGUCUGUGCAGACUGUGGGAAAAGCUUUACUCAAAGUUCACAUCUCAUUACACACCAGAGAACUCAUACAGGCAUAAAACCGUAUGCUUGCAUAGAAUGUGGGAAGGCCUUUACUUCUAGUUCCCACCUUAUCACUCACCAAAGAACUCACACAGGAGAACGACCUUACCAUUGUGGGGAGUGUGGGAUGGCUUUCAAACAUAGUACCCAUCUUGUUCUACAUAAACGCAAGCAUACUGAACCCCUGCCUCAUUCCGACCAUAUCCUGGUCUACUGUCUCUGCAUGGAAGCCAUGCUAUCCUCGCCCAUUCCUUGGGAGAACGAUCCUUAG